UAAUCUGUUCUACGUUCAUAGACAAAACAAUUUUUUCGCGAUGGGAGUGACGGGGUUGUGGGGUGUGUUGGAACCGGUCUGCAAGCCUAUUUCUUUAGAAGCCCUGGAAAACAAGACACUUGCUGUCGAUGUGUCAAUAUGGCUUCACCAGGCGAUCAAGGGUUUCCGUGAUAAGCGUGGUCAAACAGUUGCCAACGCUCAUCUACUUGGGCUCUUCCACCGAAUUUGCAAGCUCAUGAUGUACAGAAUUAAGCCCGUUUUCGUUUUCGAUGGCGGAGUUCCGUUGCUGAAGACGCAGACAAUGGCUGCGAGAAGAAAACGGAAGGACGUGGCCGCGCAAAGUGCCCAGGAGAAAGGCCGGGAAGUUUUGCAGAAUUACUUGAAACAACACGCUGUCAAUGCGGCACUUGGGAAACCCGCUCCAGAACUCCCGACGAAACCUAAGGAAAAAGAUGUUUUUGCUUUGCCUGACACGUUUCAGGCUUUGUGUUCGAAAAGCGAAAGCGAGUCUGAGGCAGAAGCUUCAAGCGACGAAGAGACGCGUAAUCCCGCUUUCUUCAACAUCAACAUACACGACGUUGACGUUGAAAGCGAUGCGUUCCGCGCCUUACCAGCGCCUGUGCGACAUGAAAUCUUAUUAGAUUUGAAAGACACACGCAAAACGAAUUCCUGGAAUCGACUGCAUGAAAUGCCGAAAGAGUUUGAACAAUUUUCCUCCUAUCAAAUAGGUCGAUUGCUGAAACGCCGUCAAGUGCAAGAAACAUUGGACGAAGUUGUGAAUGAAAUCGGGUCCGAGCGUAUGUCUUUCGGUACAAGUGAAGAAGAUCAAGAAAGGAAACAGCUCAUGUGGGGAAGCAGAGUUGCUUCAGAUGAUGCCCUUCGGAUCGCAUGGAUUGAAACAGUUGCUCCAAAAAAAUUAAAGAAAGAAAAUAAUUCAAUUAAAAUCGAGGCGGAGGAAACAAUAUCCCCUGCCGCAAAAUCCCCCAUCAACGAGAGGUCGUCUGAGAUCCCUUUUGGAAAUGAGUCCGCCAAGAAGUCGAACAUUUCGAGCCUGAAAGACUCAGCACAAAAAGUGAACUAUAGUGAGCCGAAAAAAUUCCCCAAGUCUCAGCCGGAGCUGAAUUUAUCCAGCGACGAUGAUGAUUUCGUGGAAGUAGAAAUAGAACCGAAGAAACUGUUGGAAGACGAUCUGUUCGCCGACGUAUUCACUUCCUCUAGCGCAGGACAAAUCGCAGCCAUGGAUGCGAUUUUUUCCAAGUUGGUGAGCCAGUCCAAGCCUGGGACUUUAAAAGUGACUGAAAAUAAACCCAGCGCUUUGAAAACCGUUCCCGAACUGGGCCGCGAAGAGACGCGACAGCCCGCCAAACCCUCUCAGAUACAUCUUAGUUCUAGUGAUGAAUAUUCUUCGGAAGAGUCUGAAGACUCCGAUUCGUCUUGCAGUGAUGCAAUGCCUGUUGCAAGUAACGGGUCAGUUGAAGCCGACGGAUCCAUUGCAAGCCAUCAUUUUUGUGAAGGACAAAUUGAGGAGGACGAAUUGAGUGUCAGUUGCGAAGAUGCAGUUGUCACAUCGGCGAUUGAUACAGAAAAAGUGGUUGAUGCUGAAGUCGAUUUUGUUGAAGUAGAUGACUCGUCUGCAGAUACAUUUCAACGUGAAACACCUGUGGUUUCAUCUGAGGCGUCUCCUGCCGCAAAAGCGGAUCAAGCAGUCGAGGAUGUCGUAAUACUCGGUGAUUCUGCAGUCGAUGUAGUAAUGGUUUCUUCCCCGACUCCAAAAGCCGAAGUGCCUGAUGAUGUUACCGAAAAAAAUUCCCAACCCUCUUCAAAAUCAGAUGGAGUUGAAACUACCGAUUCAUCAAAAGUUUCGUCGUCGAUUCAACUCGAGAGGCCCCUUGUGUCCGAAGCACUGACGAACAAAACGGAAGCAUCAUCUCCCUCGAAACCGUUUAGUUCCGCUCUUGUUGAUGCAUCCAAUUCACCGUCAAAAACGUUGCUUGCCUAUAGUCCCAAAAAAUCCCAAGAAACGUACCAGAGCCGAUUUACUGAAGAGGAGAGGAAGAAAUUAGAGGAAAUCAAGAGUAUCCUGGAGCGAGAACGGGCCUCAUUGAGUUUGGACAUGGGAAAAGUUGAUCGCAUGGCUGCAAGCAUUUCUGACCAAGUUUACCUUGAAGCUCAGGAGUUGCUCAGAUUAUUCGGCGUGCCAUUUAUCACGGCACCACUGGAAGCAGAAGCGCAAUGCGCGUUUCUCGACAUUCAUAACCUUACUCAAGGCACAAUUACCGACGACAGUGAUAUCUGGCUCUUCGGAGGCCGCAGAGUUUACAAGAAUUUUUUCAAUCCCGAUAAAACUGUUCAGUACUUUGAAAUGCCUGUGAUUACGCAAAGACUGGGACUGAAACGCGAUGAACUCAUAAAUUUCGCGAUCCUCUGUGGAAGUGAUUAUUGCGAAGGUCUACAAGGUGUCGGGGCGGUUGUUGCAUUGGAGUUGUUGGGACGCUUUCCCGGGGACGGUACUGCAAAAUUGGAAAAAAUGAAGGAAUGGUGGAGCGAGGAGCAAGACGCGACGGAAGCUUGCUUGAGACGCUUGAAAGCUGCGACGAUUCCCGAAGAAUUCCCCUCUCGAAUGGUUAUUGAUGCAUACAUGAAUCCAAAAGUUGACGAUUCGACAGAAAAGUUUACGUUCUCUGUUCCGGAUCUGGACGGAUUACGAGAAUUCAUGCGAGCCAAAAUUGGGUGGCCUUCCGCAAAGACGGACGAAACCCUGCUUCCCGUACUGAAGCGCAUGGACUUAUUCGGCAAGCAAACAAGGAUCGAUUCCUAUUUUGCCGUCAACCCAAUGCAACCUCCGAAAGUCGCAAGUGCUCGUGUUCAGCGAGCGAUCGAUGCACUUUUAAAUCCUUCAGCUCAUGCUGAAGUUAGCACCGAACCACGUCCCCGUAGCCAUGCGAAAAAAUCCGUUAAACGUCGUCCGACAGCUGAACUGAACCUGAGUGAAGAUGAUGAUGAUGACGAGAAUCCCAGUGGUGCUCCAGUUGGUGUUCCGUCGUCCUCGCGAGGUCCGGGAUAUAACAUUGGGCUCGAUGCGAUGGAAGAAUCCGAUCUAAUUUCGGAGACCUCGGGGAAUUCUCGGGAAAAAGCUGCUCCGAAACGAAGGAGAGCGACUGUCAGUCGUCCGAAGCAACCAAUCCCAAUUCCAUCUGACCCAAUCCGUGCCCGUAUUGCCCGGAGGCUCAUCGCUGCAUCGGCCGCUGCUCAAGUCGCACGGAGAGAUACUCGAAUCAAUGCUUCUCUGAUGGACGGUGAUGCUGGAAGCAAGUCCUCGAAUCGUGAGCCACGUCAGAAACGUCGUCCUAUCGUGCCUUCUUACACGAAGCCAAAGACUGUGGACGAAUUGAAAGCUGAAAGAGAGGAAGAAAAAGCAGCUUCUCGAAAACGAGCCGCUGCUAUUCUGAACGCGUCGGAUGUCAAAAAACCAAAGAUUGAAUAAAGUUGAUUUUUUUUUGUUUUUUUGGCUCUGUGAAUGAAGCCGUUGUAACUGGUUAUUUUAAUAUUCGUGUCUGUGUAAAAUUAAUCUUUCCGAGUUUUAAUCCUGUUACUUAAUCAAUUGCCCUUUCAUUCCGAAAGUGAUCGCUUUAAUAACCUUUCGAAUCCGAAGUAGCGUACGGGCACCUUUUGUUAUUUUGCUGAACUAGAAGGACAGUUGAUUUUCUUCAGUAUUUUAUUAGAAUAAAGCCUGUCGCUGGAUUUCUUUGUGGUUGAUAUGAGGUUAAUUUUUAUGAGCGUUUGUUUCUAUCUACUUGGAAAUUGUUCACGAUUUCGCUAAAAAUGUAUGGCUAUGUCGAUGACUCGUGUCGGCUGCUUCUACCCGUAGCUAGAUAGUCUUGAAGAUUUUUGCAUUGUAUGAUAAGCAGUACCUCCGCAAUUUAUCCAUCUUCCUGGUGCCCCAUCAUUCAUGCAAAUCCCAGCAUUACGGGGUAGAGCGCUCACCGAAACAUUGAUUAACAUUGCAAAGAUCACAUUAUGAUGGUGGAUAGCAUAGCAGAGCGGUACCGCAUUUUGCCUCAGUCAAUGAAAUUUAUUCGAAGAAAAGUUUCAAUUCGUUCCGUUUUGGAAUAAUCGGGAGAGACAAACGUGAUUGCUCAGCUUUUCUAGUCAUGAAUACAGUACUGUAUUAUAUUUUAUGCAAGCCUGUGUAUCUGUCGAAUAUAUCGGAAAUGCACAUUUUUUUCAUUAUCAACUGGAUA